GAGCAGUCGUGCAUUCCCCGCCUCGCCUCGGGUGUAGGGAUUGCAAAAAAACAAAACUACACUGUCAAGACUGUGUAGUUUUGUUUUUAAGAUUAGAGGCUCUACAAUUCUCAUGCUGGGAUUGUCUAAAAAAAUCUUACUCUGGAUAAGGACGUCGUUCAAGAAGAUUUCGUUGGGCUUAGCCCACUCUUACAGGCACUUUGAGAGAUCAGAGUGCCUGUAAAGAUGACGACAAAAGCACCAACAUUUACGCAGCCAUUACAAAGUGUUGUGGCAUUGGAGGGUAGUGCCGCAACCUUUGAGGCUCAUAUUAGUGGUUUCCCAGUUCCUGAGGUGAGCUGGUAUCGGGAUGGCCAGGUUCUCUCUGCUGCAACUCUGCCCGGUGUGCAGAUCUCGUUUAGUGAUGGCCGCGCUAAACUGGUGAUCCCCACCGUGACAGAAGCAAACAGUGGCAGAUACACUGUACAAGCCACCAAUGGAUCUGGGCAAGCAACUAGUACUGCUGAGCUACUUGUCACAGCUGGAACAGCACCACCAAACUUCUCACAACGACUACAGAGCAUGACUGCAAGGCAGGGAAGUCAAGUUCGGCUUGACGUGAGAGUGACUGGAAUCCCUACACCUGUGGUGAAGUUCUAUCGGGAUGGAGUAGAAAUCCAAAGCUCCCCCGAUUUUCAAAUUUUACAAGAAGGAGACCUUUACAGCUUAAUAAUUGCAGAAGCAUAUCCUGAAGACUCCGGUACCUAUUCAGUAAAUGCCACGAAUAAUGUGGGACGUGCUACUUCAACAGCUGAAUUGCUAAUUCAAGGUGAGGAAGAAGCCGUUCCUGCUAAAAAGACAAAGACAAUUGUUUCGACUGCUCAGAUUUCCGAAACAAGACAAGCCAGAAUUGAAAAGAAGAUUGAAACCCACUUUGAUGCCAGAUCACUUACAAGUGUUGAAAUGGUUGUAGAAGGUGCAACAGCCCAACAGCUCCCACACAAGGCACCUCCACGAAUGCCUCCUAGACCUACAUCAAAAUCACCAACCCCACCGAUAAUUGCUGCAAAAGCACAAAUGGCACGACAGCAAUCACCAUCACCUGUUAGACAAUCACCAUCACCUGUAAGACAUGUCAGAGCACCAACACCCUCACCAGUAAGGUCUGUUUCUCCUGCUGGAAGAAUCUCCACCUCACCUAUUAGACCAGUGAAAUCUCCUUCUCCGAUCCGUAAAACACAUGUAGUGACAACAGCUGGGGCUGAAGUCCUUCCUCCAUGGAAGCAGGAAGGAUAUGCUGUAACCACAGAAGCCCAGAUGAAGGAAACAAGAGUAUCUACAAGCGCUGCUGAAAUAAGAACUGAAGAAAGAUGGGAGGGGAGAUAUGGGGUCCAAGAACAAGUUACGAUUAGUGGUGCUGCUGCUGGUGAGGUUGCGGCUGGUGCUAGAGAGGUAAAAAAGGACAGUGAAAAAACAGCAGCUGUUGCUACGGUUGUUGCUGCUGUGGAUCAAGCCAUGGUGAGAGAACCAGCUCCAGGUGUUGUAGAGCAAACUGCUAAAAGGACAGCAAUGACUGCAGUCCAUGUUCAACCUGUUCAGGAGCAGAUGAGAAAGGAGGCAACAGUAGUAGUUACCAGUGAUAAAGCCACAAAACAAACAGUAAUAUCGAGAACUAGAGAAGGAAUUACUUCACAAGAACAAAGGCACAUCUCUCAUGAAAAGGUAAGAAAAGGAGAGAAAACUCCAGUACCCAGAGUAAUAAUUGCCACAGACAAAGCCAAAGAGCAAGAAAGAAUAUCAAGAGCUAGAGAAGAAAUAUCUACCAGACACGAACAAGUGCACAUUGCUCAUGAAAAGAUAAGAAAGGAAGAUAUGAAACCUUCUGUACCUAAGGUAGUAAUUACCACUGAUAAACCUCAACCACCAGUCAUAAUAACAAAAAGUAAAGAAGAAAUUUCUACCAAACAAGAACAAGUGAGCAUAAGCCAUGAAAAGACUGAAGCUGGAAAAAGGGCUGAAGCUGUAGCUACAGUUGUUGCAGCAGUUGAUCAGGCACGUGUUCGAUCACCCUGGGAACCAGUACAAGCAGAUGAAGCUUAUGUAAAACAGAAAACUUUGGAAUAUGGCUAUAAAGAGCACACUGUAACAGACCGUGUUGCUGAGGCCCCAGCAGAACGUCAUGUUGUCACUAAAGAAGUUAAAACUGUCUAUGUUCCUCCUGAGAAACAUAUCUCAGCUGCUGAAAAGAAGGACGUUCAUGUAUCAACAGAGAUAAAAAGAGCAACAGAAACUAUGACUGAGAAAACAAUUCAUGUUGAACACCCGCGACCCCGCACGGCAAGCCCUCACUUCACAGUCUCCAAAAUUGCUGUUCCCAAACCAGAUCAUGCAUAUGAGGUUUCAAUAGCUGGAUCUGCAAUGGCUACUCUGGAAAAAGAGUUAUCAGCCACUUCUGCUGUGCAAAAGAUCACCAAGCCCGUGAAACCACCUCAGCUAAAGCCACAUGAAGUCAGGAUAAAAGCAGAGCCAGUUGCCCCUCCACAGUUUCCCUUUGGAGAGGCUGCUGAGACCUAUAAAAGUCGCUAUGAUGUUGAGACUAAGAAAGAGACAGGUAUAAGCAUUAAAGGUGAAGGAGUGCGGGAAGAACACUUGGUGUUGCGGAAAGAAGGUGAAGCAAAGGUGACAGAAACUGCCAGAGUUCCUGUGCCUGCAGAAAUCCCUGCUACUCCACCCACCUUAGUCUCAGGCCUCAAAAAUAAGACUGUGACUGAAGGUGAGUCUGUAACUCUGGAGUGCCAUAUAUCUGGUCAUCCUCAGCCUACUGUGACAUGGUACAGGGAAGACUACAAGAUUGAGAGCUCAAUGGACUUCCAGAUCACUUUCAAAGCAGGGCUUGCUCGCCUUGUGAUUCGUGAAGCCUUUGCAGAAGACAGUGGAAGAUUUACCUGCACUGCUACCAAUAAGGCGGGGAGUGUCAGCACAUCUUGCCACUUACAUGUGAAAGUUUCAGAAGAAAUUGAGACUCGAGAAACCAUUUCUGAGAAGGCUGUUACAGAAGAGAAACGCUAUGUGGAGACAAAGGACAUUGUAAUGGAAGAUGUCUCUACUGCAGCAGAGGAAGUAAUGGGAGAACCCAUGCCUCCUUUCUUCAUAAGAAAACCCAUAGUACAUAAAUUAAUUGAAGGUGGGAGCAUUAUUUUUGAAUGCCAAGUAGGGGGCAACCCAAAGCCACAUGUCUACUGGAAAAAAGGUGGAGUUCCUCUAACGACUGGCUACAGAUACAAAGUAAGUUACAAAAGAGAAACCGGGGAAUGCAAACUUGAAAUUUCCAUGACUUUUGCCGACGAUGCCGGAGAAUACACUAUUGUUGUUCGUAAUAAACAUGGUGAAGCUUCUGCAACGGUCUCCUUACUAGAAGAAGGUACAUAG